AUGGACAUGCAUGGGCUGGCGGCGAAGAUCAAGGGGUCAGAGAAUGUCGGGAGAAGUCACACAGUCUAUGAAGGAUUUUCAGAUUUCGUAAAGCUUCAUCUUGCGCUGAAGAACAAGCAGACGGUGACAGCUAAUCUGCCACCGAAACAACUGUUCGGCAAACUCUCUGGAGCGGUUAUUAAGCGGAGGCAGGAGGGACUAGACAAGUACCUGGAGGUGCUCCUGAAGGAAUUGAACAUGAUCUACUCCUUCCUGCAAGUGCCUCAAACCUUGUUGAGCUCGAUGCAAGGAAACAUCUCCUCUGCAACGGGCGGCGAUGUGGACAGCACAGGCCAUAGCUCCAAGACAGAAUCGCUUCCUGUUCCUAUGGCCUCAAACUCCGACGAUGCCGCGAAUCGUGAAAUCGUAGAUCAGAUCUCGGACUUGAUGAUCGACGUGUUUCAGAUGCCUCUGCCUGCAAAGGGAAUGGAUUACGAGAUGAGAUGCAAGAAAUACAGGACGAUGGUAGAGAAAGUUCCCUGGCCUCUAGAGCACGGAGAGGAUCUUUCGCGUUAUCUUCUCCGUGCAAUCGACCCCUCAAACUUGCCUGCCCCAACGAUGAAUAACGUGAAAUCGAAAGAAGAAUCGAUGAGAUUGUUGAGGGAAGCCACGUCCGAAUCAAGCAUUUUUUUUAUGAACUGA